AGGCAGACGGUGCCCAGCUCCACAUCAGCAGCCUCUCAAUAACUCCAGGCGUCUGCCCCAAUCUAUAUCCCAAAUGGCACCCAAGAAGGAUGUAAAGAAGGCAGAACCCAAGCCUGCGGCGGCUCCAGCUCCCCCGCCCCCCGAACCACCUAAACCCAAGGAGCCAACUAUCGACUUGUCCUCAGUCAAGAUCGAGUUCACCGCGGAGCAGCAGGAAGACUUCAAGGAGGCAUUCCUCCUCUUUGACAGGACUGGUGAUUCCAAGAUUACCUACAGCCAGGUUGCAGAUGUCAUGCGUGCUCUUGGCCAGAAUCCAACCAAUGCUGAAGUGAAAAAGAUCCUGAGCAACCCCAGCAAUGAGGAAAUGGCCCACAAAGCCGUUGAGUUUGACCAGUUCCUACCCAUGCUCCAGACCAUGGCCAACAACAAGGAGCAGGGUUCCUAUGAAGACUUUGUUGAGGGUCUGCGCGUCUUUGACAAGGAAGGCAACGGCACCGUGAUGGGGGCUGAGCUCCGCCACGUUUUGGCCACACUGGGUGAGAAGCUGACAGAGGAUCAAGUGGAACAACUGCUGACAGGUCAAGAAGAUGCCAACGGCUGCAUCAACUAUGAGGCUUUUGUCAAACACAUCAUGUCUGUUUAAGAUGGAUCCCCAUGAAUUGGUGCAUAUGGUUCUAAAUGGCUGAACACCUGACAGGGCCAAGACAUCACAUCCUGGAACUUGUGGCUUUCUGACCAAUGCAAACAGUCUCCUUUCAGACUGUGCAAGAAUCACUUUGUUUUUUUUAGCUUGUAUCCAAUGGACAGUAUUUCAAACAACAAAAUGAAGAACAAGAAAAACCUUGAAGUUUGUGGUGGCAAACCUGAUGGAUAAAACUACUUAGUUUGUCCAUGAUGUUUGAUGUGGUUGGAAAGCACACGUGGCAGUCAACAUCCAAUAAAGUCUCAGUGGUCAA